UCUCAGGUGGUAACACCAGAAAAUGCUGGUUAUAAUACAUAUACUGCUGGUGCUCACAAUUGGGCGUAAGUAUUAAGGAUGCACAGACGGUCACAUCUUUGAAACAAUGACUGUUAAUGUAGGAGAUGAUGUGACUCUAACGUGUACCCGACAGACAUCUUGGCGUUCAACAUUCUUAUUUUGGAUCAGGCUUGUUUCUGGAACCUUUCCUGAAGUAUUAGGAGGAACAUUUGCCUUUGAUUAUGAUGGUGUUAAGAAAACUCAUCACAUAACAGCAAAACAAGAACCUGGACAAUUUGUUCUGCAUAUUUCCAACACGCAGCUCAGCGACACUGCAGUCUACUACUGCAUAAAAGUGACAAAAAUGAACAUGACAUUCCUGAAAGGGAUAUUUCUGAGAAUCAAAGGACAGGAACCUGAUAUCACUGCUGUCACUCAAGACUUUCUCUCGGCUCCGGUCCAUCCAGGAGAAUCAGUGAAUCUCCAGUGUUCAGUCCUCUCUGACCCUGAAAAGAAAGCAUGUCCAGGAGAUCACAGUGUGUACUGGUUCAGAGCUGGAUCAAAUGAAUCUCAUCCCAGUUUCAUUUAUACUCAUGGAAACAGUGGUGAUCAAUGUGAACAGAGUCCUGAAGCUCACUCUCCACAGAAAUGUGUCUACAGCUUCUCUAAGAACGUCAGCUCCUCUGAUGCUGGGACUUAUUACUGUGCUGUGGCCACAUGUGGACAGAUAUUAUUUGGAAAUGGAACAAAACUGGACAUUGAAGAUGUGAGCACAUGUGAUUCACAGAGGGACAGUACAGUUUACCUUCUGUUGUGUGCUGUCUUGGCUGUAAGUCUGAUUGUUAUAGUGUUCCUCGUUUAUGCCAUCAGGAAAAAAUCUUGUGACUUUAGCAAAGCUACCAUCGGUCAGCAAGCAAAUGCUGCAGCAGCCAGUGAAAAUCAGCAAAGUCAGCAGAGAAAUGAGAACUCUCUGGUUUAUUCUACAGCAAUCUUCAGCAGGAGACCAGCUGGAAAAGCAGGGAGAAGGAAGGCAACAGCAAAGGAAGAGACGAUCUACACUGAUGUCAGGGCUUUUGUGAAAGAUUAACAAUCAAAACUCUGCAUUUGAUCAUUGAUGGUAAUGUCAUUUUUGUGUGGCACAGAAUGUGGGAAAUAUACUGCUUUAGCAGCACUGGCAUCUAAGCAGCUGUACAUAAUAUUAUGUUAUAGAUAUUCUAAAAUGUUUUGUUUAUAAUUUUGAAAUUCUGUUAAUAUGUUUCUUUCAUAUUG